CUUUUCCGCCUAGCCAGUAGUGCCACAGCACUUCCUCAUUGGCAGUUAUAGCAAAGAGUUCAGACUCCAGCGACGUUUGUGACUGAAAUAACACUCAGCGCGUUUCGUUUUAUUUAAUAUCCGAGCCUUGCAAAUGUCGAAGCCUCCUCCCAAGCCGGCCAAACCAGGCCAAGUCAAGGUGUUCAGAGCGUUGUACACCUUUGACCCCAGAACGCCAGACGAGCUGUUCUUUGAAGAGGGAGACUUCCUUUACAUCUCUGACACAAGUGACAGUAAUUGGUGGAAAGGCACAUGCCGAGGAAGGACAGGACUGAUUCCAAGUAACUAUGUGGCUGAGCAUGCAGAGUCUAUUGACAAUCCAAUGCACGAAGCAGCCAAACGAGGCAAUCUGAGCUGGCUGAGGGAAUGUGUGGAAAACAAGGUCGCAAUCAACGGGUUGGAUAAGGCUGGAAACACUCCCCUCUACUGGGCAUGUCACGGAGGACACAAAGAGGUGGUCGAGGUGUUGCUAAGCCAGCCUAAUGUGGAGCUCAACCAGCAGGUGAGAUGUGUUCAAAAAAACUCAUUUGGGUAUGAAAGUAAAUUUGCGGAUGGGUCGGAAACAUCCAGAUGGUGGUACCUGAAUUUCCAGUCAAACUCAUAUUGCAAGAUUUGCAGAAUAGGCACAUCUUUCCUCACUUUGUAUUGUCAAACUAGAACAUUUGACAAUGCAGGUAUUGCUGCAUUUCCAUUCAAACUUCAGUGAGGUUUGUUAGAAGUG